UGAAAGUCCGUAUUGCCCAGCGACAGCCCUGAAACCUGAACGACCAAAUGAACGUGGACUACCAAUCAGAGACGCCAAAUACUCAACCCGAUGAGACAAGUUUAAGCCAUCGCUGAGUGCUCAACCAACAUGAAGAUUUGUGUGUCUGUGUUGUGACGUUAUAGUUAAGUGUAUGUGUGACCAUAUCUGAAAACAUUCAUGUGAGUGUGUGGAGUAACUUGAGUGUGAGUGGGGUGUGUUAUGAUGGUGUUCAACAUGUCUGAAGAGGAUGUGAUUAAUUGCACCAUCAGCCAUGAAAUCCACCAGUACCUCUUCUCCAGUGUGUAUAUCCUCGUACUAUUGGUUGGCGUUCCCUCCAACCUGUACUCUUUGUACCACGCUGCUCUGCAGCUGAAGCAGAAGAAUGAGCUGGGAAUUUAUUUAUUGAACCUCACUGUGUCUGAUCUGCUAUACCUGGCAUCAUUACCACUGUGGCUACAGUACAUCUUUCAGGAUGAUGACUGGCGUCACAGGGAAUGGUUGUGUCAGCUGUGUGGCUUCCUGCUCUAUGAGAACAUCUACAUCAGCAUUGGUUUCCUGUGCUGUAUCAGUCUAGAUCGCUACCUAGCUGUGGUCCAUCCGUUACGGUUCACCUCUCUCCGCUCUAUGACUGCUGCAUGGCUCGUUAGCGCCAUCAUCUGGCUGAAAGAAAUCGCUGUGGGCAUAGUUUUCUUCCGCCAUAAAGAACUGAGCCAAAACCACAAGAACCAAUCAGUGUGCUUCGAGCACUACCCCAUGAAGCCGUGGGAGUAUCCAAUCAACUACUACCGCUUCACUAUUGGUUUCAUGUUCCCACUGGCCAUUCUAUCGAUCAGCUACCUGUGUGUCCUUCGUGCCGUGGGUCGGAGCGCUGGCACACAGCCGGAUCAGAAGAUGAGGAUAAGGCAGUUAGUCAGCAGCACCAUCCUCAUAUUCCUCUUCUGCUUCUCCCCCUACCACAUCUUCCUGUUAGUACGCACCCUGCUGGAGAAGGACUGCAACUUUAUCGCAGGAAUAUUUAACUACUACCACUUGUCGCUGUUGUUGACCACCCUGAACUGCGUGGCUGACCCCGCUCUCUACUGCUUCGUAAGCGAAAGUGCCCGCCGCGGCCUGUACAGAGCCAUAUUUCGGCCUGUUAACAGGAUACUCUGCUGCUGCUGUCGCCGCGGCAAUGCCAGCCCCAGCAACCCAGCCACUGAUUCCAACGAGGUCGCCACCGACGAGAACAAUGGCCAUCCAACCGUGAUGCUGCUCACACACACCAGCACACUCAACAACUUAAAAACAGACACUUCCAGCACCAACACAAUUUUAAUCACACAGACUGAUGAUAAACAUAUCAAACCCAUAAUUGUCCAAAAUAACAGACAUUCAGUGCAUCUCAAGUGCGCAGACAGCGACGGAAAACCCAGCUGUGUGAUAGUCCUAGAAGAGCAGAGCCAGAAGACAGAGAGGACUGAAGAGACUGACAAGAACACCAGCUAAAAUUAUCCAAGGAGC